GCUCAUUCAUUGGGAGCUGACCCAGAGCAGUGAGGGAGACAAAUGUAAAGCUGUCGAGACACAGGGUGUCUCUCUCUCUCUCUCUCUCUUUCUGUCUCUCUCCAAGGUUAGGUUUUGAGGGGGAGUGUGUGCUUUAUUUGCAAAUGUGUUUGCGGGGUUGAGAUUGUGCCUGUGCAGGGAUGAUCGGGGACACCAGGGCUCGGUGCUGCUCGGUGGUUUGGGAAUGGCUCAGCGAGCACGGACGCUGGAGACCGUACAGCGCGGCGGUGUGCCACCACAUCGAGAUGCUGCUCCGUUCCACCGGGACCGCGGCCAGGGGAGGUGUGGUCCUCGGGCGCCUGGACCCCCGGCUCUCACCUUACAUCAUCGACCUGCAAUCCAUGCACCAAUUCCGGCAGGAUACCGGGACCCUUCGGCCCGUCAGGCGGAACCUGUAUGACAGCUCGUCGGCCCCGGGGAAGGGUAUCGUGUGGGAGUGGGAGAGCGACAGCGGGGCGUGGAUGCCGUACGACAUGGACCUGUCGGUGGCCAUUCAGGCCGCCCACGAGAGCCACUACCCCUGGAUCGACCUGGGGGCUGCCGGCCUACCGUAUGUGCUGGACUUGGCCAGCAUGCACCAGACCAAUCUCCUCACCCAUCGGCACCGCAGGAUGCGCCAGAGGCUGGGCUCGGCCUACCCGCUCUCGGCCCCCGGCCCUUGCCCCUUCCUACCCCCUGACCUCCCCCCGCCCCCGAGGCCACCCCCGCCUCCGCCUCGGCCCGGCCCCCCCUGCAGCUGCAAGCAGUGCCUCCUGGUGGCCAGCAUCAAGGCCUCUCCGCUUGUUGCCGCUGGCAACGGGGCCUACCGGGCGGGAGUGAGGCCUCCUCAGGCCCUGCCCGUCCGAGCCCUUGCUGGCGAGAGCCUGGAUCCCCGUCACCGUCUUCUUCCACCUCCUCCUCCGUCGGCCCGUACCGUCCCGACCAGGCCCCAGACCGGCUCCUCCUCUUCACCAUCGACCUGCUUGACCAAGGCAGUGGCUGUGGACAGCAUCAGCGCGUCGGGCCUGCAGCAGCGGGCUGUCGCUCAGUCCUGGGCCCUCAUCGCUUCAGGUGUGCCCACUGUUCCAGUGAAGAAUCUGAAUAGUUCUAGCCCAGUCCAUCCUGCUCUCGCUGGUAUGACCGGGAUCCUGAUGAGUGCGGCCGGACUGCCGGUGUGCCUAACCCGGCCCCCGAAACUGAUCCUUCACCCACCCCCUGUCAGCAAGACCGACAUCAAACCCAUCCCGGGAAUCUCCCACACCAGCCGCAAAAGCAGCAAGAGGCAUAGCAGGAAAGCAGGACAUGGGUCGACUGUGUUCACUGGGAGGACACCUGAAGAGAUGGUACAGAAAUACCUCCACAAGGUACCGAACCCUCCAGAUGAGGACUGCACCAUCUGCACGGAGCGACUGGCAGCACCAUCAGGGUAUAAGUGCGCUCCGAGCCAGCCUGCCAUCAAACCCGAUUCAGUGGGCAAGCUGGCCAAGUGUGCCCACAGCUUCCAUGUGCUCUGCCUAGUCGCCAUGUACAACAACGGGAACAAGGAUGGAAGCCUCCAGUGCCCCACCUGUAAGACUAUCUACGGAGUGAAGACAGGGACACAGCCGCCCGGGAAAAUGGAAUACCACACUAUCCCGCACUCCCUCCCGGGAUAUCCGGACUCCAAAACAAUUCGCAUCAUCUACAACAUUCCCCCUGGCAUCCAGGGCCCUGAUCAUCCCCACCCUGGAAUGAGUUUCACAGCAAGAGGAUUCCCCCGACAUUGUUACUUACCCGAUAACGAGAAAGGCCGAGAGGUGCUGAGACUCCUGCUGGUGGCCUGGGACCGACGGUUAAUCUUCGCCAUUGGGACGUCCAGCACCACGGGAGAGACAGACACGGUCGUCUGGAACGAGAUCCAUCACAAAACAGAGUUUGGCUCCAAUUUGACUGGGCAUGGCUACCCAGACUGUAACUACCUGGAGAAUGUCUGGGCAGAACUGAGGGCCCAGGGGAUCAGUGACGAUUAGGGAUGUGUGAGGGCAGGGGAUGGACAGUGAGCAAGGGAGGGAGGGAGGCUCAGGCAGGAAGUGAUGUGGGGUGAGGGAAAAGAGGGAAUGUGAGAAUGUCGGGUACGGAGGGAGCGACAGAGAUUGUGGACCACCAUACAGAGAGAGAGAGAGAGACAGCUCACCUGGGGAAGGAGUGAAGUGGAGAGUGUGAGGCAGGGACUAACUGAAUCCUGAUCUCUAUCUCUCUCUAUCUCUUUCUCUCUCUCAUUCCCCCCCACCCCGCAAACCCUCCCUCUCGCUCACUCAUUCUCUCUCCCUCUCUCUCUCACUCAUUCUUCCCCUCCCCACAUUCUCUCCCCUCUCUUCUCUUUCUCCUACCCUCUCUCUCCCCCCACUCUCUACCCUCUCUCUCUCUCUCACUCGUUCUCUCCCCCUCUAUCUCUCUCUCAUUUUAUCCCGCUCUCUCACUCAUUCUCUCCCCCUCUCUUUCUCCCCCAUUGUCUCGCCCCCUUCUCUCCCCCCACUCAUUCUUACUCCCCCCUCCUCCGCCUCAUUCAUUCUCUCACCCCUCACUCUCUCCCUCAUUGUCUCUCUCCGACUUCUCUCCCCCGACCUCUGUCUCCCUUUAUCUCUCUCUCUCUCUCUAUUCUGUAUCUCUAUCUCUCAUUCUCUCCCUCUCCCUCACUGCCUCUCGUUCUGAGAAUCACUGGGCUAUGUUAACCCUGAACCUCCCACAGCCCGACAAUGUCCAUCCCCUGAUACUUGGAGAGAUUUGUUUCGGCUGCAGAGUGAUACUCCAAGACUUUUUGGUGAGUCUAACAGCGUGCGCACAAGCCGUAAAUCUCUACAAACCAAUUUUGCCUUUGGGAGAAAGUUGAAGGAAUUGUGGUCGCUUGAUCCAUGCAAUUUCUAUUUCAAAUUAUGAAACCUGAUUUCCACCCAUUCCUGGUUCUCUCUCGCUCUCUCAUGCUCUCUGUUUCUGACUCAGGGAUCACUGGGCAGUAAUCAGGAGCAGGCUCCCUGGCUGAUACCCCCACCUUAUCCUCCCUAUGUGUCUCUCCCUCUCUCUGUCUAAUCCAGGGAUCACUGGACAGUGAUCUGGAUCAGGAAUACUCUCUUUCUCUCUCUCUCUCUCUCUUUCUCUCUCUCUCACAUGCUCACUCUCUCUUGUCUCUGUCUGUCUCUCUCUGUCUCCAACCCAGGGAUCACUUGACAGUAGUGAUCAAAAUCAGGAAUCCUGGAUGAUUCCUCUCUCUCUCUCUCUGUCUCUCUCUAACCCAGGGAUCAGGAACAGGGGGCUUUGCUGAUUUCUCAUGUUUGUCUGGUCAAGGUCCCAUUGGACGGUGUUGGGAAUGGGAGCGGUUUGGUGAGGGUGGGCAGGUGUUGGUUUUAGGAGGAGCCUGAGCAAUUGGGAUUGAGACAGGAGACCAUUCGUUCCCAGCCAUUGUUGAGCUAACCUGGCUUAUCCCCCAUAUUCCUGACUCCCAAGUGCUCCCCCAAUCCCAGUCUACACUCACUGAUCACCCAAGCACCCACAUCUCUCCCUGCUAUAGAGAAUUCCAAACCCCAGCAAAAUAUAUCGUGGAGAUAGCUCAGAUCCUAACCUUUUGUUUCAUUUUGAAGGGAAAUGCAAGGCAUUGCAUUCCUAACGUGAUUUGAUUAGUCUACCACUAGGCUUAAAGCAAAACACCCUUUUUCCUAACAACGCAGUUAAAAUACAAAUGAAAGAAAGAAUUGGCAUAAAUUUCAGAGAUAGUUUCAGAGAAGUUUAACUCUUUUCAAAUACUUGAUAAAAUACUGUGUAUUAUUUAACCACUGAUCAUCAAUCGUUCCAAUAUGGCAGCAUACCAUAAACGUGCCUUUGGCAAAGGCAAAUUCAGCCAAACAGAUUUCCCACACUUGCUAUCUCCUCUAGUGCAGGAGAAAGGAACGUUGACAGAAACAAUCCAGCAGCAGAGAGAGAGGUGUAUCUAGCAGCUUCAAACCCCAACUUUGACUAAAGCCCUUGCCUUUCCCAUAUUCCCUCUCUCUCUCUCUCUCUCCUGUCCUCUGGCUGAUUGCCUACAGCUCUGCUGUUUGAGUAGGAAAACUGUGGCCAUAAAGUCCUGAUGGAUAGGGAAUCUUAUCCAAGAGGGGCUGAACAAUCACAGCAUGAUAACGCCAGUGAGGGUUAGAGACUGCUAGGAAAGUCAGUGAGGAGAGUGAGGGGAUGGACUGAGGGUUGGAGCUUGGUGAGAGGGUGCGGAGAGGUUGAGGGAGGGAGAAAAUGAGGGAGUGGAAGUGUGUGAUGAGUGAGUUUGGAGGAGGUGGAGAGAGUAGUGUUUGUGGAGAGGACAGAAUUCUGAGGGAAACAUCGGGGACUAUAUUUACCCCAAGCUUGGGCAAGGCUGGAGCUAACGUAAUCACUGUAGGUGAGAAUUUAGAAGCUGUUUCUUUCAAGAAGAUAGAAGUGAGAUUAGUUGAGAAGUCUUCACGUGCGAAUUUAAGGCUGAGCAAUUGGGAUCGGACUGUGUAUUUGAGCGUCCUCUGACUCCCUGCAUUUGACAGGAUGUCUGGGAGAGUGAGGAACCUCCACACUGUGUUGUAAAUAGACUCUGUACACAGAACAAAAUAAAACUGCCUCAGUCUCACUUUCCUUGCUUGGGGGUACUGGCUUGGAAAGAGGAAGAAACACAGGGGGCUGGGGAUUCACAUUCCCGAAUACAGAGACCAAGCUGAAUUUCUGUAGCUCCUGCUGUGAGCUCAGGAGGUGGCGAAGGCCAUGAGGGACAAUGGGCACGUCUCUGUGCUGUAGUAACCUGCCCACUCAGCUGCUUAUGCAGCAAUAACCGCGACAUCACAGCCCAGCUCAUUACAUAACCUCCACCUCCCCAACGUCCUACCUGGUACCCUCAUUCCCCUGCUGUGACCUGAUCUCCUGACUGGCACCUUAAUGCCCUCACCCACUUGGCACACU